UAUCUAUGCGUCAUACAAGUUCGCUGUCAAAAAUUCUUAUCUUUGAUAUAGAAGUUAUUGCAUAAAAUUUUAUAAUUAUCAUAAAACAGUGUUCAAGAUUAAAACAUAUUUAUAGCAUUUACGUUAUUUAUUAUCUUCAUUAUUUUUUUUCAUUGCCAUAAAGUGAUUAUAAUUAUUAAUUAAGAAUUUUUUAGUUUUUAAACAAAAGGACAUGGAACAAACAGGUGAUCGUCCUCAGUGGCUUUUGGAAUUGGAAAAUCGAAAAAAAAAGCCCCAUUUAGCGCAUGAAGCCGGAGCAGGAGCACCAUGCAUGAUAUGUAACGCUUUGUGUCCUGGUUUAGAUUUACAUUUUUGGCGAAAGACUUGUAAAAUUUGUAAAUGUAGCAGAGAUGAUCAUGACGUUGUCAAUGAUGAUUUCCCUCAGUUCGAUUUAUUAUUUGGUCCAUCUGGAAAAUCAAAAAGAAAACCUAUGUUAUUGGUUAUAUCCAAUAAAAAACAAAAUAACAGUGAAACUGUAUUUGACUGGAUACCACCAGAUACAACUAAGGAACUUGCUACAGAUUAUAUGAAUGCUUUACCAAUAGAAAAAUUACCAAUCUCUGGAUCCACUGGUGCAAUAUUAAGAAAACAGUUGCUACAAAAACAAUUGCCGUUACAUGAUAUUGAUCAUAAAGCAUGUGAUGAACUUAGUGAAGUAGAGAAAAAAGAAUUGGAAAAUUAUGUUGAAAAUUUGAAAAAAUAUGUAGGACAGGGCAAAGUAAUAAAGAUGUUAGGUGCACGUCCAUUUGAUCGAUCAUUAAUGACACCAAUUAAUGCUACGGAUAUGCAACGUUUCAAUUCGCAACAUAAAUCACAGAUAUCUGUAACCAUACCACAACUUCGAACACCUAGUAGCUUUACAAAAAAUAUUCCAUAUUUAAAAGUUCCUUUUGAAAAUAGACCAGAUGCAAAAAUUAACAUGGAAACAAAGGAUAAUGAAAGAAACGUUUUAGAUAAUAAAAGUUCAAAGCCAGCCUCAUUUCAUAAAUUAGUUAAUUCUUCUGUAUCUACUUAUGAUGCAAAUUCAGAAUUACCCGUAAUUUGUCAGCAUGAAUUUUGUGAACCUCUUCAUUGUAAACAUACAGAAAUUAAUCCAUGUUCUUUACCAACAACAAACCAUGAUAAAAAACUUAAACAUAUAGAACAGAAUACUGUGCAUCAUAAAAGCAAUGUUGACCUUCAGGUAGAACCACCCAAUACAGAGAUAUUUGAUAAACAUCCAGAAAUGAAUCUCCUCGAAGUUGCAGAUAAUAUUUUAGCAAAUGCAUUACUUCCACCUAGUGCAAUAAAUGUACAUGAUAUUGUUAGUAGUACUUUAGAUAAAAAAGAAUUAAUGUUUAUACGGGAUAAACUGAAUAGCAAGUACAGUAUGCAAGAUAAUUCACAAGUUAAUCAUACACGGAAUUUCGCACAUAAUAAAGGAGUGGACAAAGCAGCCAUUAUGGACUCACAAAAAAAUCUUUCAUCAAUUGGAUCUAUGCCUAAAAGUAACGUAAUAGAUAUGACAAAAAAUGAUCCACAACAUGGAAUUAAACCCAUAACAGCAGAAAAACGUGUAUCUAAACCUGUAUCGGAAGUGGUUCAAUCUACUUGUGCCAGUAAUAUUGCACCAACUUUUAUUCAAGAUAAAACAAGUUCUAUACAUGCAAGAAAUAAACCAUCUAAUACUAUUUCAUACUCACCACAAACACAAAACGUUAUAAGUAAUGCAGAUUCGUUUGAAAACAAACCAAUGUCAUCUAUAAAUGCACAGGAUAAAUAUAAUAUUGAUCAUAAAGAAGAACCUAAAAAAUCUGAAUCAUCUACAUUACCAUCGGAUAUUGAUAAUACAAAUUGCAUAAAGGGUAAAUUAAGUGGUAUCAAAAAUGUGCAAUCGGCUAUUUCUUAUUCUGAGAAUUUACAAAAUCAAAUAUUCCCAUUCGAGCCGAAUUGCAAAAUAAAUCAGUCCACAGAAAAUCAACCAGAUAUAGAUUCUGUUAAUGGAGCUGUAAAAGGUUUAACUAUUGAAUCUUCAAAACCACAAAAUUGUGAGAAAUGUCAAAAAGAAAUUAAUGUUGGUGAUGUAGUUGUAACUGUAGAUAAAGCUAAGAAUAUAUUAUGGCAUCCAGGAUGCUUUGUUUGUUCUGCAUGCAAUGAAUUACUUGUCGAUCUUGUAUAUUUCUAUUACAAGAAUCAAUUGUAUUGUGGUAGAGAUUUAGCAGCUCUAUUAGGGAUUCCAAGAUGUUUUGCUUGUGACGAAUUAAUUUUUGUACGAGAAUAUACCGUUGCUGAAGGCCAUAAUUAUCAUGUAAAACACUUUUGCUGCUGGGAUUGUGACAUUCCAUUAGCUGGUCAACAAUAUAUAUCUGAAAAUGAUCAUCCUUUGUGCCUUCCUUGUUAUCAGAAUACAUAUGCAAAAACUUGCAAUGCAUGUAAUGCAGUGAUUGCAGCUGAUCAACAAGGUGUUGCUAUAAAAAAUUUAAAUUUUCAUGCAAUCGAAAUGUGUUUUUGUUGUUAUAUGUGUAAAAAGAAUUUACUAAAUAGUAGAAUGGCAGUCAAAGAAGAUAAACUAUUUUGUAGUAAAGAUUGCAUUUCCAAAUUUUCUAAUUAAUUGAAAAAUAUUACAUAUAAUUUGAUAUAAUUUGAUAUUAUCAAAAUACAAUCAAAUUUAUAUUUCUUCUAUUUGAUGAUAUUGCAAAUUAGUUUUAUUUAUCAUUAUGCCAUAUUAAUAUAAGCAUUUUUAAUAAUAAUACAAUAAUAUCUAUAACUAUAUGUUUCAUAAAUAAUAGGAUUCAUUAAUAAUGCAUUUAUAUAAAAUUCAUAAUAAGUGCAUACAAGAGUAUGCAUUUUAUUUAUAUAGUCCUUUAUUUUACAUAUAAAUUUUGUUAAUAAUUAAUUAUUUUCAUUGAGUAACUAUUCUAAAAUCAUCAAGUAACUUAUUCAUAAAAAUAAUUGAAAGAUUUGUUUUAUACUUCCUCUUUUUAAAAUUCUAUUUCUUAAUUAGAUAAAUCGCCAAAAACAGUAAAAAAAUCAAAAUAACAUUUUCGAAAGUAUAAUGAUUUAAUUUCAUAUUAUAUUUUUAUAUAUCUUCAAUUUUUUAAAGAUUAGAAAUAUGAUCAAUAUACUAGAGAUUAAAGUAUAAUUGUAACAUUGAUAUUUUUCAUUACAAUAAACAAAUGAUAUAACCUGUAGAGCAGUGUUUCUCAAUCUUUUGCCGUACAGUCAUAUAUUUAUAAUAUACAAUUUUUAAGAACCUGUAGACUGUAAUUAUUGUGUUAUAAGAUAUGGCUGUUACUGCAAUAUUCUCGCAAACUCGUAAGAGCAGUUUACGAGAACUUUGGGAAACGCUGCUAUAAAAUAUUACAUAACUUUCAAAGCAUACAAUAUGAACCUGCAUUGAGAAGAUCUCUGUUUUUACAUGUCAAAGAAAUUUCAUAAAAAUAUUUUUUAUCUUAUUAGAAAAAUGCCAAAAAUACAUUUUUUGUUUGUAAUAUGAUUAUUACUUUUCAUUAACGUAGAGUAAUUAUUUUUAGAAAUAGAUAUAAGAUAUAAUUUACACAUAGCCGAAAUAAUAACAAAUCCGUGCAUAAAAUUCAAUUUUAGAAAUUCUGAUAAAAAAUAUUUUAUAUGAACAAUUUAUAUAAAUAAAUUUUACUUAUAUGUUACUCAGAGUCACUAUCAAUAACAGUUUGAAUUCUUUUGUACGUGUUGCGAGCUUCGCGAUAUCGUGAUGGAGUUUCUGGUGAGACUAAAGAGUUCUUAUUAGUAUCCAUACCUCUACGAGAACGUGUGAUACGUCCUGUAAAAAAAAAUAUGUAACAUCAAAAAAAAUCUCUCUGUGUAUGUGUCAAAUUAUCAUUUUAACAAAUGUACGUAAUUUAAGUAAAAAAAAAAAAAAAGCUUAAAUGUAAUACAAAUUGCAAAGUGAAAUAACCUUCUGAUAUAAUAUUGCUCUUAUCCAAUUCAGAUACUUCUUUUAAUCUUUCAUUAUGUUCUUUCACUUUUUUACACUUUUCUAAAGUUGGUCUUCCAUUAACUCCAUGUUUUUCCAGCAAUGAUUUUAAUCGUCGUACUCUUGCAGCAUUAGUUUUGCAUCCACCCCAUAAUUCAUGAUAUGAUUUCACAGUUAUACCAGCUGCUCUUAUAUACUUUUUUAAUGAUUGUAUCCUCUUAUCAUCUUCAGGUCUCUAAAAUAAUGUACUACAUUAGAACACUAUAUUAUGCAAUAAAUGUACAAUAGUUGCAACAAUGUUAAA